AUGUAUGCAACUGCAGCGCCUUGCUGCAAAUUCGCCACGAUUGUACUAGCGGUCGAGCUGAGAUGCGAUCUGUUCGGUGCUGUUGCAUCCAUCAGAUCGAUGGGACCUGUGUGUCUUGGUGCUGAUAGCGCCCGACUUCUCCGUACUUUGUCAGAGCUUCCGGGGCUGAGCCUUGCAUUCAGCCAGUCAGGUACAUUGCAGCACGGGGAAGUGAAAGUACCAUCCGCCAAAGGGGACGAGCAAUGGCAACAGACAGGUCCAAUGAGAGGAACUUUCAUGACGUUCUCACCCGUCAUAGUUGAAGUUGCCCCGAGGAUGAACCACGGUGAGCGGCGACGAAUUUUAACUCACACUUGCCCACAAAACCUCUUAGCACCGACGAAUGGCAAUGCGCGGAAGCCAUCCUAUCCCUGUCGCGCGCGCGAUGGAUGGGGAGAGAUGGAUCGGCAGCCUGCACAUCCUUUCCUGGUUCUGCUUUGGCUGCUCACUCCCACUCGCUCCCACUCGCUCCCAGCCAUGAUCCGUCAGAAGGUGUGUCGAACCCGCGGGAAUGGAUCGUCCUGCCCCAAGCCGUUGACUUCCUUUGUGGUGGAGCUUAAAAUCCGACCAGAGAGGGUAAAGUACGCCAGCCCACCUCCACUACCAGAUUGGGGGGUACCAUCUAGGUGCAUUAUCAGUGGCACUAGUCAGGGUAGCGGGAGGCACGAUGAGAGAAAGGUCGAGCGAAGCAUUCCGAUAUUGAUCCUGACCCCGUCUUGCGGCGAUGGAGGCAAAGCCACGAAUCCGAUGGCUCGAUCGACAGGGCCAUCCAACCUCAGCAGCAUCAUGCCUCUACAUCAUCGGCCAUGGAUCAUCGUCAUACUACUAGCGGUGGAUGAUGAGGAUCAUCGCCAUUCCUCCGAGAGCGACACCUCGGGAUUUGGGUUCCCGCUAAGGAGGGCAGCGGCGAACCAAGGGGCGUGA